CACAACACUCAUUUAUUGAAACAAGAUGAAGAAGUUCCUCUCGUUGCUUCUCCUCUGUCAUGUGGCAUCUCCAGUUAAACACUCCUUGAAGUUUUUUACAACUGGAUCUUCUGGAUUCCAAAAAGUCCCAGAGUUUGUGGUUGUUGCAUUGGUUGAUGAACUUCUGGUAGGUUACUGUGACAUAGAUAAAAGGAUCGUUGAACCAAAACAGGACUGGAUGAGACAAUUAUUAGAAAGUGAACCUCAGCAGUUGGCGUGGUACACUCGAGAAUGUGCUGAGGAUUUGCCGAACCACCUCAAAGCCUCGAUUGACCUUUUGAAGCAGCGCUUCAACCAAAGUGGAGGUGAUCACAUUUUCCAGAGGAUGAGUGGCUGUGAGUGGGAUGAUGAGACUGGAGAAGUUAAUGGUUUUAAUCAGUAUGGUUAUAACGGAGAAGACUUUAUAUCAUUUGAUCUGAAGACACUGACAUGGAUCGCUCCAAAACCACAGGCUGUCAUCACCAAACAGAGAUGGGAUUCUGAUGAAGCGAGAUUGAAAUUCAAUGAGUAUUUCCUCACUCAGUUUUGCCCUGCACACCUGAGGUUGUUUGUGGACUAUGGAAAGAGCUCUCUGCUGAGAAAAGACCUUCCCUCAGUGUCUCUCCUCCAGAAGACUCCCUCCUCUCCAGUCAGCUGCCACGCUACAGGUUUCUACCCUGAGGCAGCCAUGAUGUUCUGGAGGAAAGAUGGAGAGGAGCUUCAUGAGGACGUGGAGCUCGGAGAGAUCCUCCCCAACCACGAUGGAUCCUUCCAGAUGAGUGUUGACCUGGACCUCUCAUCAGUCAAACCUGAAGACUGGACCAGGUACGAGUGUGUGUUUCAUCUCUCUGGUGUGAAGGACGACAUCGUCACCAGACUGGACAAAGCAGUGAUCAGGACCAACAGAGUUUCUCCCUCAGAGUUUCCUGCUGCUGCUGUUAUUGGAGUUUGUGUGGGAUUGAUGCUGCUUCUUGCACUCUGCAUCACUGGACUCUUCUUCUGGAAGAAACACAAGAAUGGUAAGAAAUAA